GUGAUUUAAAGAAGAGCCCGUGCGCUCUCAACAUCCAAGACGAAAGGCGCACACGCCGGAGAGCAGCAGCUAUAUACCGGGGCUAAAAUUAGGGACGGAUAGUGCGUAUUUCCUCCGCUUCUUAUAAUUGGUCCAGCUUGCGCUGCCGUGAUAUUUAUAAGAUAAAGGUCUUCCACCACUCAUACUUUCUGCAUGAGUGUUAAACAUAGUGUAAAGAGCAGAGCAGAGUUGUAGUGCACUACAACCAAAGUUUCUCCGAGGGAUUGCAACAAAUCCCCGAUCUUUAAAGUUUGUUUUACCUUAACUGGGACGACUGGAAAUGGCUUUGAGUGGAACGAUUUUACCGUCUAUUUCCACAUUUUCGGCGCAGAAGGAAAAAUGCUGGGAGAACAGGUGGAAGGAUGAACUGGACAGGUCCAUGCAUCUCAGCUGCAUAGCUGACCUAUCUAACAUGGACAACCUCAACAGAAUAACAGACGACGAAGAUCUUGACAAGUACCUGGAUCUGGAGUUUAUACUGGCCAACACUGCAGGUUCUGACAAUCUCGGACUCGGCAUGGCAGGCGACUACAGAAUGCAAGAGUCCAGAAACAUGUACAACCCGACUACAUACUCGGUGCCUGAGAUCAACCCAUCACCACCUCCACCGUACACCACCAGCCUCAUGGCAGAGCUUCUGCAGUCUGACAUUGACACCUACUGCCAACCGUCUCUCCAGGGAAGAUUCCUAGUCAGGCCUGCUUUCCCCACUCAGGACAUUUCGGAGUGUAUCAAAGUGGAGCCCUGCAUGGAUAGUUACGGACCUGUACGAGGAAUGGUUCCCAAAGUCAAACAAGAGGGCAACGGUGCAUGCAUGAGAUCCUAUGAGCAGCCAAGACUAGCCAACUCUCCCCAGGGAGCAGGCAGCAUGACUCCCCCACAGAGCCCUGCGGAGCUCAUCAACACAGACUGUCAGUCACACUCGCAGAUGUGCCAUGCCUUAACGUUCAGCCAGAGCUAUCAAGGCAACACAGGAUUUCCCCACGCAGCACCUCCACAGAUGCAGCUGCCUUACCAAAGCACACAUCACUUCAGCAUGUGCGACGAUGGGCUUGCAAUGCCCAACGCCAACCAAAGAGUACUUCUGACACCACCCUCAUCUCCUCUAGAGCUGGACGCCAAACCAAAGAGGGGGCGCCGCACGUGGCCGAGGAAACGCACGGCGACUCACACUUGCACUUUUUCUGGAUGUGGCAAAACUUACACAAAAAGUUCUCACUUGAAGGCUCAUCACAGAACACACACAGGCGAGAAGCCCUAUCAUUGCAGUUGGGAAGGCUGUGGGUGGAAGUUCGCCCGUUCUGAUGAAUUGACCCGUCACUUCCGCAAGCACACCGGACACCGACCCUUCCAGUGCCACCUGUGCGAACGUGCCUUCUCCAGGUCCGACCAUCUCGCCCUUCAUAUGAAACGUCAUAUGUAGGAACGGACUCUGGAAAAUGUGGACUAAACGCACUGAACAGUGAACAUUGUCUGUACCCCCCCCCCCCCCCCCCCCCCCCCCCCCCCCCCUCUUAUUUAAAGUAUGGUGAAGGGGAAACAUGAACUGACUUGACCUAUUGCUUGUAGCUGGUUCUACACUUCAAUUCUUUACAGAAUUUACAGAAACAAACUAUAUUUUUCGUUUCCAAAGAGCAAGUUCAACUCAUACUAUAGGCUGGACCUAAACCUCAAGACGGAACUGGAAUCAGACAGUAUAAUGUGCUUUAAGUUAACAUGAUGUGCUGCGGACAUCACGACAGUGCCUUUUAAUAUGCGUAUACAUCUCACGAGUGCCACGAAUACUGGCGUUUUUUUUAACGACAAAUGUAUGCUAUUGUGUCAAGAAACUAAAUAAGCUUUGUAAGACAAUGUUUUCCUCUUUCAAAACUGCCUUAAAAGUUAACAAAAGGGGCGUUAACUGAAUGUUUUAAGUAAUUUGUGCAUUUAUCGACAUAAACGUUUUUAUUUUUAAAAAUCAGGGUCUUAUGGUUUCGUUUUUUUUAAACGCAAUUUGUAUGCUGUUAACGUUGAAUUGCAGACUGUCCCAUGUUUGGAUGACAUGAUAAGGGCUAUGUGAGUUGUUCUGGACCAAAGCAUUUUAUGUACAUAAUUUAUACACUGUAUAUAUUGUACAUAUUAAACUUAAAUUGCGAUAUAAA